AUGGCAUACCUAGCGUAUUCUGGGCAAGAAACACCCAUUCUUGUGGAUACUAUUGACUUGGAAGACCUUCCUCCACAAAGUAGCCAUUCUGAUGACGAAGGUAAACGGCGCCCCCAACAACAAAUCCACCAAAGACUCGGGAUAUGGAUUGCAGAAAACCUUAGAAUAAAGUUACGGCACAAUAGGAGUAUAAGUCCCGACCUGGUUUCCGACACCCUUUCCGGCCACGAGUCCCUGGAGAAAACCUAUCGCAAAAUCGCCCGACGGCACAACCGCCACACGGCGAGACGCGUCUUCAUGUACCAAGCGACUCAUGCAGCAGAACUAAUGUGUGCAAAACAAGAUACCUGGUCUCAGUGUUUCGAGCGGAUUCUUACUUUGGAAGAAACGAACGAGGCAGAUGCGUUCGAAAUCUGCGUUAUUUCGACUGAUACCACCACUCUCGACGGUGCUUUCUCUUUCAUCGACAAACUAUUCAUGGUGAGCUAUGAGCGCCGCCAACAGGCUUAUUCUUCCUUGAGCGAGAUAGCCGCACGGAUGUUACAGACUCAGUGGGCGCUGAGCGAUGAGGUAAUGGGCGAGGUCAUGCAAAGCUUGUAUGUAAAGCCGCUGUCUCUCGCGCCGUGGGAACCCAAGUGGCCAUCUCAUGAAGUUGAUACACCCAUGGAUGCCAUUCCUUCUAAGCCGUUGAAAUUCGAGUUUAGGUGGAUCCAGGCUCCGCACUACGCGAACGAUCUUUCAGUCUAUGUUUUCCGGCCCUACGGGAAUCAUCCACAAAUUGAAAGAUUAGAUUUCAUCUUUCCAUCGGAUGCAUAUGAACAAAAUCGACGAGCGAUUACCAUUGUGAACUCUUUUGAUACCUUAACCAGGUUACGGAGCGGUAAUUUCUACGCACGGCCUUUAGACCACACGCAUUGUCCCCUUUCUUAUACCUUAAGCCUCUUUGAGGCUGCUAGUUCGGAGGUUUUGGCCCAAUUAACUGCUUCCACGGCACAGGCGUGGGAAGAGAUAAAUUAUAUGGUCUAUGAAGGAAGGCUUCGACCCUCCGGGAGUAAAUUGCAAUAUCUCAGGCAUCUGGAGGAUUGCUGCUGUGUGAUGAAAGACUGCUGCAGGGCCAACAAGCACACUCUGCAGCGAUUAGUGGACCAAAUCGAUUCCAUCCAAGGACCCCGAACGCGUGAGGAGGCGAGCCAGCUCACCCAUCUAAGGCGGGUGAUGGACGAUAUCGAGUACUUGCACAAUGAAGUCGAGUCUUCUCUACAAAGGAUUCUAGUCCUACGUCGCGAACUACGCGAGAGUCUUGACCUGCUCCAGACCCAUCGCACUGGGGUCCUGGGGAUUCUCGCUGCCCUAUACUUGCCCCUCUCCUUUGUGACGCCUCAAUCAAUCGUGGUCUCUAGCGAACUUUUUCGAGAUUUCAAUACCGCUGAUGGUUGGAACGAUACUUCUGCCGCUUAUUAUCGGAAGCAUUAUUCGAGUACUUUUGAAGGGAAUUGCCCAGGGAGAACCUGGUGGCGUGUUCCCUUUGCUGCUCUCAUUAUCGGUUAUUUCAUCGCGCUUCCUUUACUUAUGGGUAUUGGACCACUCAUACUACCCACACUCUUAGUGCCUUUCUGGAUGUUUGUAUCCCUCCAACUUUUCACAAUCUUCCGGAGCGAUAGAAAGAACUGGCUAUCGAUCACAUACUGGGUCGUGAACGCACCGCUGCCAGCGGUGUUCAGCAUUUUGGUUCCCGCCGCUUUUGCUGACACCAUCGGUCUUUCUAAUCCCGCCCGGGUUUAUGCUCUACCCUGUGUCUUAUGUGGCCUGCACGGGAUCUCAUUGUUCGUUGUCUGGUGGUGGAAGCCAGAGUUCUACUAUACUUGGGAUCAAGGGCGACGCCCAAAGCCCAAAGAAGACUAG